AUACUGCGUUCGUCUGUAGUAUGUAGUAUGCGAUUUCGAAAACGGCCACAGAACCGCCACACACUCAUAAACACUAGUCUCCAUUCGAUUAGUCCCCCCAUAAUGCAAUGCGCAUCUGUCAUGGCUGCUCACUGAUGCCACUUGCACCACAUGGGUGGAAAUACACAUUUGAAGUGUGACUAAGAAACACCGACUUGGCUCAUUAGAAAGCGAUUAAUCGCCGGCUUUGAUCAAGGAGCAUCCAGAGUCCAGACCAGGUCCAGACUGAAGCACUUCACCGGGGGCCAGACGCGGUAGGAAUGCCGCUGGACGUAGAGAUCCCCGUCCUGCGGGGCUUUUUAACACCGAGGGAGGCUACGGAAUGGAAGCAGACUAUUUUCAGAAGUGCAGAGGCGGGCUCUCUGCUGGAGUCGUUGAUGGAGGGAGACUUUGAGGCGGUUCUUCUGAGCCCCCAAGUGUUAGAUCUGCUCGCUGGAGAUGGCAGCUGCAGCGACGGGGAGGACAUCGAGGCCUACCUGGAGAAACGGGUCUUGCUGUACCUUACUUGUGGCACCAACGAUGAUCAGACCAACAGGGAGCUGGCAGUGAUGGCCCUGGCUGUCUCUUGCCUCCACAUGUUUGCCCAGAGUAACUGGACUGGUCCUCCCAUCUCCAUCCAUAUCUGUGACCUGCUGCCCCAGGCCCUGCUCUCCUCUCAGCCCCAGACCCUGGUUGAGGCUAUCCACUCCAGCCUGCUCCUGGAUGGGGAGUCUGUGUACAGCCUGGUGGCCAACCCCUUCCUCCUCCUGCUGGCCAGGGUUAUUCUCAACAAGUGCUGCUCAAAGAUGGACAGCCUCCAGCUGCUGCCCUGGUGGACCCUGCGCUACAUCAGCCUGCACCAGCAAAUCCUGGAGGCCCGUUCUCCACAGCUCCUCAACUUGGCCCACAGCAGCAUUGACAAAGUGUUGAAAUGCCAGAGUCUGUUCUCGGAGCAGAGAAACCUGGCUAUCCAUUUCCACCUGGAGUGUGUCCACACCAGUCUGACCUACUAUGAUUACCAGCCAGCCAAGGAACACAUCAACAGGGCCCAGGAGCUCUCAGGGCUGGAUAUCAACAUGACUGGUGCUCUUGGAAAACGGACCCAUUUCCAGCAGAAGUACUUGGCUCAGCUCAUCCUUGAGGUCAAGAGAAAGCAGACGCAGCCGGGCCAGACGGAUGAUGAGGCCAGUCCCACUCCCACGCCUCCGGCCAGCCUGCCCAAGGACUACAGUCUGGGGGAUGACACAGUGCUGGAUAAGAUCAACCUAGCGGAGCCAGAUCAGUAUGAGCUGCCUGAUCUCAGCGCCGAGGAGCAGGCCGUCAUCCUGGGCGUCUGCACUGACUUCCAGAAGAACAACCCUGUCCACAAACUGACUGAAGAGGAACUCCUGGCCUUCACAUCUUGUAUUCUGUCUCAGCCUAAGUUCUGGGCUGUAGAAGUCUCUGCGCUUUGCCUCCGGACCAAACUGGAGAAAGGGAGUUCCCGAUGUGUGGAGAGAGCCAUGAUGCAAACCCAGGCGAUAGUAGACCACUUUGAAGACAAGAACUGUCCCGUGACCGAGAGGCUGAAGGGGUUCUACUUCUGCCAAGCACCCCCCAGAUGGGCUGUCCAGAAACAGCUGGCCAGCUUGCUAACGGACCUCGGCUGCACCAGCUCAGCUCUGCUCCUGUAUGAGAAGCUGGAGCUUUGGGAGGAUGUAGUUAUCUGCUAUGAGAGGCUGGGCCAACACGGCAAGGCUGAGGAGAUAGUUCGCCGGGAGUUGGAGAAGAAGGAGACGCCCAGUCUGUACUGCCUGCUGGGAGACAUCCUGAGGGAGCAUCAGUACUAUGACCGUGCGUGGGAGCUGUCGGGCCGCCGCAGUGCAAGAGCCAUGCGCUCCAAAGCCCUGCUGCACCUCCGCAACAAAGAGUUCCAGCAGUGCGUGGACUGCUUUGAGCACUCACUGCAAAUCAAUGGCAUGCAGCUCGGUGUGUGGUUUUCCCUGGGUUGUGCCUACCUUGCCCUGGAGGGCUAUGAGGGAGCUGCCAGGGCUUUUAAGAGGUGUGUUGGACUAGAGCCAGAUAAUGCAGAAGCAUGGAACAACCUCUCUACAGCCUACAUUCGCCUCCAGAAGAAAAACAAAGCCUUUUGUACCCUGCAGGAAGCCCUGAAGUGUAACUAUGAACACUGGCAGAUCUGGGAAAACUUUAUCGCUGUGAGCACGGACAUCGGGGCGUUUGCUGAAGCCAUCCAUGCCUACCAUCGCCUAAUGGACCUCAGGGAUAACUACAAGGACAUCCAGAUUGUGCAGAUCCUGGUCCGAGCAGUUGUUGAGAACGUGAUGGACAGCCAGGGGGAGCAGGCUGCGGCACUUGGCUCCAAACUGAAGGAGCUACUGGGCCGGGUCAGUUCCCGCCACAGCAGCGACUCUGAGGUAUGGCAGCAAUAUGCUCUGCUGUACGAAGACGGACGCGGCUCCAACCCAGAGGACAAUGAAAAGGCUCUCCAGUUCCUGUCCAAGGCUCAUCGCUGCAAGCUUCAGUCUGGGGGCUGGGAGAAGGAAGCUGGUCUCUUCAAGGAGGUGGUCCUAAGAGCCAUCAAUAUGGGGGAAGUGACCAUCAGCUGCUGUAAGAAGAAGAGUAAUCCAACAGAAGCUCUUCAGAUGCUCUCCUCCACCCGCCUCAGCCUCAAGAGUCUGGCCACCAAAGCUAAGCAAAUGCACAUGGAUGUGUCCACGGGUCAGAUCCACAGCGAGCUGCAGGACGCCGUCGCUGCUCUGGAGCAGCUGCUCACAGAGCUGCAGGAGCUGGGCGGGACGCUACGGGGCCAAUCACAGUGAGCGGGACGCUGCGUGGCCAAUCACAGUGAGCGGGACGCUACGGGGCCAAUCACAGUGAGCGGGACGCUGCGUGGCCAAUCACAGUGAGCGGGACCCUGCUCAACCAGAGACUGACUAACUAACCAGAGACUCUGCUGCAGAUGUAAAUCAAGAGUGUUCCAUGUGAGCACUGAGAAUAACAGUAGAUAAAGUUAGAAAUGGAAAGCCAAGGUCUCACUUUGUAAUCGGGAUGUUUUUAUACCUCUAUAUCCACAGUGGAAUGGAAACAAUGACUGUAAGGCAUCAAACAUUAAAGUAAUGUUUAAAAUAUG